AUGAGUAAUAAACAAACACCCAGUGACUUUUUAAAACAGAUUAUCGGCAGACCAGUGGUAGUGAAACUGAAUUCUGGGGUAGAUUAUAGAGGAGUCUUGGCGUGUCUAGAUGGGUAUAUGAAUAUAGCUCUAGAGCAAACAGAAGAGUAUGUCAAUGGGCAACUCAAAAAUAAAUAUGGUGAUGCCUUCAUUAGAGGCAAUAAUGUGUUGUAUAUCAGUACACAGAAAAGAAGAGGAUGA